CUUCGUGGAUUUGGUCUUUUGAAUGUUCAAGAGUUACGCAAGGAACUCGGAUUCAAGCAGUACUCUGCUGUGGUUGCUGUCACUAAAACUUAUUCUAGCAUCCGAAGUUUGGCAUGUUGCAACCCGGAGGCACUUUCUACCAAAGGUCAGUACUCAGAAGUCGCCUCUCGUAGAAAGUGUCACAAAGUUUUAACCUUCCACUUCAACGAGAAGUCUAUUCGACUAAAGUUAAAAUUCGGUGACAUAGCCGUCGGCAUCAUCGCCUGUUUUUCUGAAUCUCCAUUCUCGCUCGACUCUAUGCUGACUUUAGACACAGCUUGUAUUCUAGCUUCAUUUGAUCCUUCCUCAUCAUGCUGUUAA